GCCGGCGCCGGGGGCGGGCUUUGAUGUGUUUGGGUUCGUGCCCCUCAAGGGAGUGAGACGACGGCGACGAGGAAAGUUUAUCUCUUGGUGGUGGGUCCCCCGCCUCCCCCUUGCCCUCCCCGCCGCUUGUUUUGAUCUCGGCGCCUGGAGGCUGGCUGUGCCCGGUGGGCGGGAAAAAGCGGCUCCCUCCAAAGGCGGCGGCCUCCGCCUGAGGCGAAGAGGCGACGCGCGGCCUCGGUGGUUUCUUGGAGACUGACAUGGCUACCAGCACCAUCUAUAAAACUUAAAAAACAGAUUUUAAACGGGGCUGACAAUUUUGGCCAAGAUCCUGCAUUGGAAGACCCAUCUGCAGAGAUGUAGUGGUUUGACUUUUGCACUGAAUGUAGCCAGUCCGGACCUUUUCGGGCUUCAGCAGCCCUGAGAAGCUGUCAAGAACUUCAGAUUUUUGCGAAGUUUUGCACAGAUCCUGUUCCCAUGCAAACUGAUGAGGGAGAAAUUUUGGAGGAAGGCAGUUCCAAGAUGGAACAUGAGGAUUUUGUAAUGGAAGGGCAUGGCAAGACUCCACCUCCUGGUGAAGAAAACAAACAAGAGAAGGAGCAAGAAAAGGAAGAACAGUUAAUGGAAGACAAGAAAAGAAAGAAAGAGGAUAAGAAAAAGAAGGAAUCUACUCAGAAGGUCACAGAUCAAAAAACCAAAGUGCCCGAAGCGACGAAACCAAGUUUAAGCCAACCAGUGACCGCCAGCCCGAUUGGCAGCUCUCCAUCGCCACCUGUUAAUGGUGGCAACAAUGCCAAAAGGGUGGCAGUGCCGAACGGUCAACCGCCAAGCGCCGCCCGCUACAUGCCUCGGGAGGUGCCGCCGCGAUUCCGUUGCCAGCAGGACCACAAAGUGUUACUGAAACGUGGGCAGCCCCCUCCGCCAUCCUGUAUGCUCCUUGGGAGUGGAGUAGGGUUGUCUCCUUCUUCAGCACCUGGAGCAAAUCCAAACAACGCACAACCAGUACCAGGAGUGUUGCUGCCGUGUGACAGUGGGACUGCAACAGAUUCAAUAACUGGAGGUGCUGCUGCUUCAAAUUAUGCAAAUUCCACUUGGGGUCCUGGAGCCUCCUCCAACAGCACCAAUGCCAACCCAACUCACGUCUGGGACAAGGUGAUUGUAGACGGGUCUGACAUGGAAGAGUGGCCUUGUAUUGCCAGCAAAGAUACUGAAUCUUCUUCCGAAUACACCACAGACAACAACAGUGCCUCGAACCCUGGUUUAGAGAAGAACACUCUGCCAGGAAGCACCACUAGCAACAAAGGAAAAGGAAAUCAGUGCCAGUCUGGAAGCUCUGCUAACGAAUGUAAUCUUGGGGCUUGGAAAUCUGACCCCAAGGCUAAAUCUGUUCAAUCUUCCAACCCUGCAUCAGAGAGUACCAGUGGUUUAACAAACUGGAGGAACUUGAGUGGGCAGGACAGAGUUGGACCCAGUCCUGGCUUCACUAACUUUAACCCAAAUAGCAACCCAUCUGCUUGGCCAGCACUAAUCCAAGAGGGUAAUUCAAGAAAGGGGAAUUCAGAAUCUGAUAAUGGUGGAUCCAAUGCACAGAUCAAUACAGCAGGUCAGACUUGUAGGGAACAGCAGUCAAAGAUGGAAAAUGCGGGUGUUAACUUUGUCUCUGGCAGAGAACAGGCUCAAAUUCACAACACUGAUGGACCAAAAAAUGGAAACACUAACUCCUUGAACUUAAGUUCACCAAACCCAAUGGAGAGUAAGGGAAUGUCCUUUGAAAUGGGCUUUGGGAAUCCCUCCAGGAGCACAGAUGCCCCUUCACAAAGCACUGGAGAGAGAAAGACUGGGAGUGUUGGGUCUUGGGGUACAGUUAGGGGGACUUCUGGAAUGGACAGUGCUUCUGGUCAAAGCAAUCCUGGAAAUCAUGGGAACAAUGGAAAGGAUAGGGAGGACUCGUGGAAGGGAGCUUCUGUUCAAAAAUCGAAUGGGUCAAGAAAUGAUUCUUGGGAUAAUAAUAACAGGUCUACGGGUGAUGGGUCUUGGACCAUUGGCCCUCAACACUCUAGUGAAAGCAAAUGGAGUGAAGGGAACAAAAUGACAUCAGGGGUGUCUCAGGGAGAAUGGAAACAGCCGUCUGGGUCGGAUGAAUUAAAGAUUGGAGAAUGGAGUGGUCCAAACCAACCAAAUUCUAGCACUGGAGCAUGGGACAAUCAAAAGGGCCACCCCCUUCCUGAAAAUCAAGGCAAUUCCCAGGCUCCCUGUUGGGGAAGAUCUUCCAGCUCUACAGGAAGUGAGGUUGGAGGUCAAAGCACUGGAAGCAACCAUAAAGCAGGAAGUAGUGAUAGUCACAAUUCUGGACGUCGAUCAUACAGGCCUACACAUCCUGAUUGCCAAGCAGUCUUGCAGACUUUGUUGAGCAGGACUGAUUUGGACCCCAGAGUGCUUUCAAAUACUGGAUGGGGUCAAACUCAAAUCAAGCAAGAUACUGUUUGGGACAUAGAAGAAAUGCCAAGGGCAGAAGGGAAGACGGAUAAAGGAACUGAGGGGUGGGAGAGUUCUACCAUACAGACAAAGAGCUCAGGGGGCUGGGGAGAUGCACCCAGCCAAAGCAAUCAAAUCAAGUCUGGAUGGGGUGAGCUCUCUACUCCAGCAGAAUGGAAAGAGCCCAAAAACACUGGAGGAUGGAAUGAUUAUAAGAAUAGCAGUACUAAUUGGGGAGGAGGAAGACCUGAUGAGAAAGUAACAACAUCUUGGAAUGAAAAUUCCAACAAAGAUCCAGGUUGGAAUGGGCGGCCACCUAAUCAGGGUUGGUCUUCUGGGAAGAAUGGCUGGGGAGAGGAUGUUGAUCAAACAAAAAAUAACAACUGGGAAAGUUCAGCAAGCAAGUCAAUGUCAAAUUGGGGGGAAGCCAGUCAAAAUGAAAUUGGGACUUGGGGUAAUAGUGCAAAUGCAAACUGUUCAAAAGGAGGGUGGGAUAAUAAUAAAAGAACUCCAACAUGGAACGAUACUGGUAGACAACCCAAUUCCUGGAAUAAUCAGCAGCAGCCACACCACCAGCAGUCAGAGACACCUGGCUCCUGGGGCCCACCGCCACAACCUCCAGGUAAUGGGAGACCACCCAAUCCUAACUGGAACAGUGGGCCACAGCCAAAUGCCUCAAAAGAUGAUGAGCCAAGUGGCUGGGAAGAACCAUCCCCCCAAUCAGUCAGUCGUAAAAUGGACAUUGAUGAUGGCACUUCUGCAUGGGGAGACCCCAGCAGUUACAACUAUAAGAAUGUGAAUCUUUGGGAUAAGAACUCACAAGGCGGACAAGCUCCACGAGAACAGAACCUCCCUACUCCAAGACCAAGCAAAGUAGCAACCUCAGUCUGGAACAAAAGCACACCUCCUGCUCCAGAUAAUGGUACAGCUGCUUGGGGUGAACCAAAUGAAACUACCACAGGAUGGGGUGAAGUUGAUGAUGCAGGGGCUUCUACCAGUUGGGGAAAUGGACCCUCCAGUGCAUCAAAUGCCAUAAAAUCUAGUUCCAAACCAACACAAGAUGGCUGGGGGGAUAACGAUGGGCCAGUAUCAACACGGCAUUCCAGCUGGGAAGAGGAAGAAGAAGGAGGAGUCUGGAAUACAGCAGGCUCUCAGGGAAGCAGUUCCUCCCAUAAUUCAACAAGCUGGGUACAAGGUGGCAAAAAACCACAAAUUAAGUGUUCAUUAAAAGGCGGAAGUAAUGAUUCCUGGAUGAAUACAUUAUCUGAUCAAAUUUCAAAUAUGGGAUUGCUGAAUCAACCUGAGGACACUCCAGGCAAUAAGAUGGACUUACCUAUAGGUGGGCUCCAGGAUAAGAAGUUUGAUGUGGACAAACGAGGCAUGAAUCUUGGGGAUUUCAAUGACAUUAUGAGAAAGGGCCGGUCUGGUUUUCGUCCUCCAAAUUCCAAAGACAUGGGAACCCCAGAUAGUGGGCCUUAUUUUGAAAAGCUGACUUUGCCUUUCUCCAAUCAAGAUGGGUGCCUUGGGGAUGAGGCUCCCUGCUCUCCCUUCUCCCCUUCUCCCAACUACAAGCUGUCUCCCUCUGGUUCCACACUACCCAACGUAUGCCUUGGGGCAAUCGGCUCAGGGCUCAACCCCCCAAACUUUGCUGCUAGACAAGGUGGCAAUCAAGGUCUGUUUGGAAACAGCACAGCACAAUCGAGAGGAAUGCACCCACCAGUGCAACCACUGAAUCCUUCUCCCAAUAUCCGGGCACAAGUGCCUCCCCAAUUUCUUUCUCCCCAGGUGUCUGCUGCCUCCAUGCUCAAGCAAUUUCCUAACAGUAGCUUGAAUCCAGGUCUUUUCAACAUGGGUCCCCAACUUUCUCCCCAACAGAUUGCUAUGCUGAGUCAACUUCCACAAAUUCCUCAAUUUCAGCUUGCAUGUCAGCUCCUCCUCCAGCAGCAGCAGCAGCAGCAGCAGCAGCAGCAACUGUUACAAAAUCAGAGAAAGAUUUCCCAAGCUGUACGACAACAGCAAGAGCAACAGCAGCUUGCCCGUAUGGUGAGUGCCUUUCAGCAACAGCAGAGGCAACCUGGCAUGAAACAUUCCCCAUCACAUCCGGUUGGGCCUAAGCCACAUAUAGACACUAUAGUGUCUGGGGGUCUAAAUGUGGGUCUCUCAGAUAUCUCAACCAAAGGGCAAAUUCCUGGAUAUGGUUCAGGUUUCGGUUCAAGUGGCAUGGAUUAUGGCAUGGUAGGAGGGAAAGAGACUGGAUCAGAAUCUCGCUUUAAACAAUGGACUUCUAUGAUGGAUGGGCUGCCACCUGUAGCUUCCCAAGAUGCCAAUAUGCACAAAAAUGGGACAAUUGUGCCCCCUGGAAAAGCCCGAGGAGGGUCGCCCUAUAACCAAUUUGAUAUAAUCCCAGGCGACCCACUGGGCAGCCACACAGGCCCUGCUGGUGAUGGUUGGUUACCUGCCAAAUCUCCACCAACAAGUAAAAUUGGAAGCAAAUCCAGCAAUGCCAGCUGGCCUCCAGAGUUUCAGCCAGGGGUGCCAUGGAAAGGUAUUCCAAACAUUGACCCUGAAUCUGACCCCUAUGUGACCCCAGGAAGUGUGCUGGGGGGUACAGCCACAUCCCCCAUAGUAGAUACUGAUCAUCAACUUCUGCGGGACAACACCACAGGGUCUAAUUCUUCCCUCAACACCUCGCUGCCUUCACCUGGUGCCUGGCCCUAUAGUGCCUCUGACAAUUCCUUCGCAAAUGUUCAUAGCACUUCAGCAAAGUUCAAUGAUUACAAAUCAACGUGGUCCCCGGAUCCCAUAGGACCUAAUCCUGCUCAUCUCUCCAACAAGAUGUGGAAAAACCAUAUUUCCUCAAGAAACACUACAGGGCUGCCCCGCCCACCACCUGGUCUGAGUAAUCCCAAACCAUCCUCUCCCUGGAGCAGCACAGCACCCCGCUCACUCAGGGCGUGGGGGGCACAGGAGUCAAGGCUUGCCUCUGCCUCUACUUGGAGUGAUGGUGGUUCCGUUCGUGCCAGCUAUUGGCUGGUUCUUCAUAAUCUCACUCCACAGAUUGAUGGGUCAACUUUGAGGACUAUCUGCAUGCAGCAUGGUCCACUGCUGACAUUCCAUCUGAACCUGACCCAAGGCACCGCCCUUAUCCGAUACAGCACCAAGCAGGAGGCAGCCAAGGCCCAGACUGCACUGCACAUGUGUGUUUUGGGAAACACUACCAUCCUGGCUGAGUUUGCCACAGACGAGGAGGUUAGUCGCUUUCUGGCACAAGCCCAGCCUCCACCUGCAGCAACACCCAGCACACCUGCAGCAGGCUGGCAGUCUCUAGAGACAGGACAGAAUCAGACAGAUCCAGUGGGACCUGCUUUGAAUCUUUUUGGUGGGUCAACAGGGCUUGGGCAAUGGAGCAGCGGUGGCGGCGGCAGCAGUGGGGGUGACCUUGCUGGUGCUUCAUUGUGGGGCCCCCCGAAUUAUUCUUCAAGUUUAUGGGGGGUUCAGAGUGUUGAAGAUCCCCACAGGAUGGGAAGCCCUGCUCCCUUACUACCUGGAGACCUUCUAGGUGGAGGGUCGGAUUCAAUCUGAACUUAAAACUUUCAACUCUGACCUCGUGACCUUUUUUUGGAACAGCAGCAGCACUAACUUGACCUUUUCUUUUUUUUCAACUUGCAAUAAAUACAUUUUAAAAGGAAAAAAGAAAAUGGAGAGAGAAAAAAAGGUGGGUCAUUGACAGGACUGUCUGAGCACAUAGUUGCCUCCCUUAUAACUUCAGUUUUUUUGUUUGGAAUAUGAAUCCAAAAAGAGAACAUAUCACUCUUGAAAUACUUGAAUCAUGAACGCCAACUUAGAAAGACAAUGUGAAGCAAGUACACAUACCAUUUAAAUCUAAACACAAAAAAUUUAAAAAAAAUUAGUUUCUAGUUUUUCACUUUUUCAUGUUAUAUGGAAGUUGUUGCUAAGAAACAUAUAUACUGAAAAAUAGCUUUUUAACUUUGUUUGCACUGGGUGUGUUUCCGUCCUUAGGUCUACUAUGUUGGGAAGGGGUGGGUUCAAAAGAAUGGGGGGAGGGGAGGGAAAGACUUGACGGAGCCUCACUUUAAAAAACAAAAAAGGAAAAAAAACACUUUGUGAUUGGCUGGUUGAUAUAUACCAGUAUGUUCUGGCACAUGUAACUGCCCAUGUGUGUGUGUUUCAGUGUGAGUGCAUAUGUGUGCAUGAUUGUGUGUAUGCGCGUGCGCAUUUCUGUCUUGGAAGGCUGCAUUGCUAUUGGUCAGCAACCUAUCUGACUAGACUCUUAAAAUAAAUAAUGAUGGUGCCUGUGACUGAUAAAAAAUCAAAUUGACCUGUGUUAAAACCUAUCAGUUGGUGGUAUUUUUAUUUUAUCAGGGUAUUCAGUUCAGUACAGAUCUUGUUCUGACCCUGUCAUAAAGCAAAACACUGCCAUAUCCUAAGGAUUUGGUGUGAGGGGUGCCAGUAUGGGACUUCAGACUUUGGGGGUUGGGUUUCUGUUUUGCUUAGAGGCGUAUUUGUCUCUAGGGAGAUUUUUUGAAUGAACCCAAGCUUUUUUUUUAUGACAAGGCCUUUUACCUUUUGAGGAUGACAGAAGGCAAAGGCCAUCACAUUUAUGUGUGACUAUGACCUAUGUAAUGGUUGAAACUUCUGCAGUCCUUAAGAAUUGAGUCCUGUACUUCUUUCUCAAGUGUGUAUAUGAAGAUACUUAUUCAUGAAAGACCCACCAACAAUUUGGGCCUAACUGUACUUUCUAAAGCAAUCUGCUGUUUGUGACAAAACUAAAUGUCAGUAGUUUGCUGGCCUGUCUCGUGUUGUGAAAGCACAUGCAGCAACCUUCGUUCUCCUUUUGUCCAUGGUGAGCGUUACCUGUGCCAGGCCUAGGUGUAUUACAGCACCAGACCAUCACUGACAGAAACGUUUACUUACGAAUGUUCUUAAACCAGUGUGUACUUUUGAGCAUUUUUUCUCUGUAUUUUCCUGUGUAUGUCUUGCUUAGGUUUUGCUUAGGCAGGCAUAUAACUAGCAAAGACUUCUUUUGUUUAUAAAGUAUUGCACCUUUAUUAUGUUGACUUUUCCCUGUACUGUUGCUUUUUAUUGUCGGUAUUUAAAGAAAGGUUGUAUGUUGUUGUUGUUUUGUUUUUUUAAAAAAAACAACAGUGUAGUAGUACUCUGGGCAGGAUAGGGGAGACCUAUCAGAGGUUUGAAUUUACCCAUAGCCAGUGUGUGCACUGGGAACAGAAUUGCUUGUUGUGAAGAAAGCUGUAGCAAAAAUUGCCUUUACAAAAAGCAGUUUGAGGGUGGGCAGGAAGGAUAAGAACAGAGGGAGAGAUGGAGGCAUUAUUUGGAGUUUUAGAACUUAGCCCUGGCUUUUCACUAGCUGUACAUUAUACUGAAUAACAAAGUGCUGCAAUAUUCUGUACCAGCAAAUACCUACAUACUCUGGCUCAUUGCAGUAGCAGAUCAUAUUGUAUGGGAUGAUAACAACAGAGUCAUUCUCCUUUAGGAGUUUCCUUGAAAAAUGCAGUGAUAUCAGAUAUAUAGAUAUGCGAAUUGAUAGCACCAUUAAAGUACUUUUUAAUGUUUAUAUCAAAAGGGAGGAGUUUGUGAAUUCGCUGAACCAGAGAUGGGAAUCAUGUAGCUGUCUAGAUACUAUUGGAUUGCAAUGCCUAGCAUUCCUUUCUAUUGACUGGCUAGUAUUGCUGGAACUUGCAAUGCACCAACAUCUGGAGAGACAUGUGAUUUUCAUUCUUGCUAUACACAAACCCAGUGUCACAAAAAAGAUUGAAUAGGGGCUUGCUACAUUUAAUCCGACUUACUCUUUUGAUGUGAAUUAAGUUGGCAAGUAAUAUAGGCAGGAAUUCUGUACUUAAAUUUAAGAUUCUGCAGCGUAUAUGGACCUGACAAGUGUUUCCCCUUGUUUCUCCUCUGUCAUCCUGUCUCAAAUAAUGAUUCAAAAAGCCCCCCCCCCCCAGCCACCCCAUUUCUGCCAGUUAAGUUUCCCUUGCCCGCCCCUACACAUGCCUGCUCCUAAAAUAGCUGCAUAUGUUUCUGGGGCCUCAGUGUUGAAAACAUGCAGGAUAAACUAUAGAAAAGGUCCUCAGCUGGGAGAAGAUCGGAUUGCAGCACCUCGUGGCUCAGAAAAGAGCUGUGUGCUCCAGUAUGUGCGUUUAUACACAGGCUGGUUCACUACUGUGUUACCGAUCUCUCUCCCAACCUGCCCUAUAGUCCCUUUUGCCUGCACUUUGGAUUUGUUGAGUUCAUUACGAUACUACGGUGAAAGCCGGGUGCUAGAGCCCCUCUUGUUUACAAGACAUAAUGAGGGAUAUGAUAUAUUUAAAAAAAAAAGAAAGCUAAAAUGUUCUUCCAUCACAAGCUUAAAGGGAAAAAUGAAAACUUAUUUAAAAAGACCAAAAAGUGCGUGUGCAUAUAUAUAUAUAUAAGAUGAAGACUAACUCUGGGAGCAUUUAACAGUGUUUUUGUGUUUAACAUUUAUUUUCCUGCUUUAAAUUUGCAAGCAUUCUCAGGAAUUCUAGGGUAGGAAGCCAGUUUUUGAAGAUGGUUUAUUUAACAUUUACCUUAUCCUAGAUAGAUGGCUGUUUCUUUCAUAAACUUUUACAAGUUCCUGAACCUUCAAGAAAUUUAAAAGAUUUUUUUCUUUACAAAAAGCAAAAAAUUGAAAAACAAAAUUCACAAAUACAGACUCCAAAUGUCAGAACAGGGGAUCAGAUUUUUUUAAAAGUACAAAUUGAUUUGAAAGGAGUUCUCAGCAGCAGCAACAAAAAUUCAUUGUAUUCUUAAAAGUGCAAGUUGUGAGAAGAUUUAUACUUGUAGAGCUUAGUCUCAAGUGGGCGUGUGUGUGUGCGGUUGAAUGGGGAAAGGGUUGCGUAUGAAUGAAACUAUAUUCAUCUAGUUAUUUCACAGUGAACAUAAUCUUCCUCCAAGCACCUUUUUUUAGAAAAAGAAAAAAGAAAAAAAACUCAUUUUGGUUUGACUAAGCAGGUCAACCACAGUUAAGGGUAGUUGCUGAGAGUAUGGCAUGGUAUUUUUGAAACUACUUUUAAAGUGAAUGAAAGCUUCAGAAAGGAAAUAUCUUUAUUGUGUCCCAGUAAUGGAGCCAUUUUAACAUACUCAUUUUAAAAUAGCAAAAAGAAGCAGAAGUUAUGAUAUGAGAAUUUAGUGGAAUAUACUUUGGAGAAGAAUCGGCUUAGUUGGCUUUAAUUAUCAUUUGAAGAGAUAUAUAUAUCUUCAUUUCUCAGUCAGAGUUGGGUAAAUCAAAAAAAUUGGGACAUUGGGGGGAAGUAAAAUACAUCAGCUAUUGCUGCCAGACUUUGGGACUUCCAUCCUUGAAAUCAGCAUAUUGAAGCUUUUUUUCUGGGAUUGCUAGCUCCUAACUUCCAGCACAAAAAGACAUAAAGACUUAAUUUGCCUGAAGCUUUUUAGAUGGAAUGAAAUCACAACCACUUUAGUGCCUUUGUAAUACAUCCAUACAUCCUGCUAAAGGACAUAUGCAGUCCAGUCACUCCCAAGGAAAUCAAGCAAUUGUUUUUUCUAAAUUGAAAAAAUGGAUCUGAGCAUGCUGAAAAGACGCCUCAAGGACCUAUCAUACAAAGAACAUAAUAUAAAAUUAUAUUUGUGUAAAAGUGCUUCUUGGAAAUCUAAGACAGCUCCAUGUACUGCUGUUUUCUUGUUUUGAGAUGUACAAAUAAAUGUGUGAAAUGUGAUGCAGAAGACCCAGUUAUCCGGUGGGGAUAAUGAAAAAUAAAAUCACACAUACUGCACCUCACUUAGUGUACAUAUUUUCCUGAGAUAAUACUAUCUCGGUGUAGAAAAACAAUAAUGUGUGAAGUAAUGCUUAGUGUUCUGUGACAACAGUUGUCCUCUAAAGCUGUAUGUUGCUCUGUUUCCCGUAAGAGCACAUUGAAAAACGUGCUUCAGUUGAUGCUUGGUGUGAUAGGUCAUCAAAGGUUUUUGUUUCAUUUUGAAAGGAAACUAGCUGAAUGCCUUUGAUUUAUUGGCUAACUCCCAGAAGAAAAUUUUAGUAAAACAAUAUAAAAUAAAAUCUAAUUUUAUUCACUGAGAAGAGCCAUAUCUGAAAAUGGCUGAAGAAGAUGUAAUGGGAAAUGUACAGUGCUGUCCUAUUUGAAGCAUCCUUUUACCUCUCAACAUUUCAACCUAUGCAUACAAAAGGUUCACACUUUUAAAGACACAAUUGAAAUAUAAAAUUCCUUGAACAUUUUAAAUAUGUGGUUUCUGGAUAUUGCAAUACAAGUUUCCAAACUGUUUCUGUUUUGUUUUGAACUUGAUAUGCUCUAUCUGUUUAGUGAACCAAACAGAAGCACCAAAUUAGAACACCUUUUUUUCUAGAGGACAAACUGGCUUGUCUGACUCAAAAUAGAAAUAGGCAUAAGGGAAGCAAAGUUCACAUUUGCAACUCUUUAACAAAUCUGAAAAAAUAGUGGAUAGGGAAAUGUUUUCAGCAGCUAUUUUGUCAGUGAUAAUCAUAUUUUCAUUCAUUUUCUACUCAGAAGGGGUAACAAUUACAUUAGAUACUGAUCUGGAACUGUUGAUCCUCCAUAGCUUGAUGCCACAUGUCUGUAUUUCCUGUUUUCAUGAAAACAGGUCUUGCUUCUACUAAGACAGAAACAACCCUUAUUACUUUUUGUCCUGCUUCUUUGGAACUGUAUAUUGUAGUUACUCAUUCCCAACUUCAAACUCUUCUACUGUUUUCUCUUUCCAUAUGCACAGUUUGGCCUGUAUAAACUGAAAUUAUCAGGUCUAGAAUCUCAUUUGGAUCUGUUUUGUCUUCCUCUUUUGUCUUGUCCAAACCGCUCUCAGAUAACAACAUUAAAAUCUUAUUUCCAAAUAUGUCAUGCUGAUAAAUCAGGAAAAGCUGUAGUUUUCCCAGCACACUUUAAUAAAUCGGGUGCUGUCCAUUCCUUUUGUCAAGAUAGUUGCAUUUCUUUUUUCUUACUUGUUCUGAAAUAUGACUGUUCAUUUAGGCUGCAGUAGCCAUGUCAAAGAUUAGAAGCCAAUUUACUGUUACUAUAAAUUAGGACCUUUUUUCUUCUUUUGAAGUUUUUCAAAAUAUAGAAAAUGUAAAUCAAUAUAUAUUCCCAGUUUGAUUUUAAUUGCAGGCAUUUGAACUGUCAAAUGUGACAAAUGAUAAUACUUCUUUCAAGCCAACUAUUUCUUUGUGCUAUCCUCCAUAGACUUGAAUAAUGUUAUCCCAUAACCAGUUUGUACAUUUUAUUGGGUAUCUAAACCCAUUCUGCAGAUCAAAUACCUUAACUUUUUAAAAAAAGUAAUGACUGAAUGAGAUACUCUGUUCCCACCUGGGUAGGCUAUGUUUGGCUGGUCUUUACUGCUCCUUCAUUAUCAGUGUGCAACAAUGACAAAAACACUCUACAUGCAGUAUAAAUGCUACCCUAAAUGCAGUUAAAAUUACAUUGAAGUCAUUGCUUCUCAUCAAGAACAUGCAUAAAAUCUGUAAUGUUGGCCUUCCAUAUUUUUCCAAAAAAAUUGCAGUUAAAAUAAGUUCUGAUUAGUUUUCAUGAUAGCACUGAUAUGUAGUUGUGUGGCUUAAUAGUAUGUUAAACCUUAACUGUUGCAUUUAUCGUUUACAAGAAUUUGACAUUUUGUCUUAAUUCUCUUGUACUACUCUGGGAAAGUUUUCAGAAUUUACUACUGCAGCAAUCCAUCUCCAAGGCUGAAAACUUGUGCAAGAACACAGUAGCUUUUGAUCUGACCCAUGCAAAUUCAUCGUAGCCUUUUUAAUUUGUUAUGAAAGUGCAACAUUCUAAGAGAAUGUGCUCAUAAAAUUGAGUGACUGGAUGAAAAUGAAAUUAGAGUUGAACUUGAGAACCUUUUCCCUGCUUUAGAACGUUGCUUUAAACAUGUGCAAGCAAUAGCCAAAUCAAAAGAAUUAUUUUCCCUCCUGUGGUACAAAGGGGAACAAAUUUUAACCAUGUGUUGAACCUGGCAAGUCUCCUAACAUGCUAGCAGUUGCCAGACCAACAUGGCUCAUAGAAACACAGUUCCCAGUCAUGUGGAUUCUCUUAACAUAAAACAACUCCCAUAGGGUUGGGAGACUGUUUAUGGGCACUAAAGACAUAACCAAAUCCAUGAUAUAUGCAACAGUGACAACAUACUUGCGUUUUGAGUUUUUUUGUGCAGUAUAUUUGCAAAUCUCUCAAAGAUAUGGGCCAUAGAAGGAUCAAAAGAGUCAACCUCUUAGAGCCAAUUUCUUCCUCUUCAUAUGCUGGUUAUGACGACAGCUAAAGUUGUAUCCUUGUAUUAGUAUUAGUAUUAUUAUUUGCAUUUGUAUUUUUUAGCCAUAGAGUUGGAAUGUAUCUGUACUUGAGCCCAUCCAACCAUACAUUUUAACAAGAAAAACCCAGUGCACUCCAGGAUAUUGAAGGUAAAUAUUGUGCUAGGCAACCUGUGGAUUUAUUUAGACAUAUUAUUGGAUGUGUACAGAACAGAAGAAGAUAGGGAUGUGGGCAUGUGGUCCAUGGAUAAACAAGGCAGAUGGGCAGUGUUGAGCAGGAAGUGUUUUUGUAAGCGCUUAGUGCCUCAUCAUAGCUAUUAGUGUACCAACCAAUGCAUUCAAAUAACUAAAUUCCUCAUUUCUUAGUAUGUUUUAAUUUUUAAAAAUGGAUGUGGGAUUUUUUUCUUUAUUAGAAAAUUCAACCUUUAGUUGAGUCCUUGUUAUAAAGAAUUACUUCGCUUGCUGGAUAUUUUUUGUGGCAUGGUUGUGAAUAUCAAGUGCUUUUCUUCUCCUUCCUGAUCCCAGCCAGAUUGGCUCACCUUCUUUUUAUAUAAAGUGCUGAGUGCUUUGCAGUUUGGGUGGGAGGGGGCAGGGGGGAAAAUAAAUAAAUGGGAGCCAAGUUUAGAGCAGCCUUACUUUAGGGAGUAGCCUUACAACAGAGCUUUAUAGUGAGGGUGUGCUGUAUUCCAAAUUGUGUAAGCCAAAAAUGAAAAAAAAAUCAUUUAUGCAAACAGAGGUGUUAACUUCUUAAAGAAAAUAUGUACCUUCUGAAGGUAGAAUAGAGUCUCACGAAGUGAUACAUUGUGAAGCUUCUUGCUGGGUCAGUCGGCAUGGGAUUUGGGAUAUAAGCGCUUAACAUUCCCUGGUGUUUUUGUUUUUUUGUUUUUUGGAGGGGGGCAAUGUUUCAGAGGUGGUUUUGUUUUGGUUAUUUAGUUUUAAAUGGGCAGUAAGUUAAAUGUGGUCUCUCUGAAUGUGCCUUUGUGAGUACGUGACUGUUAGUUCAAGGAAACUACUUGGGCUUAACAGGGAGGAGAUAGUGGUCAGUUUAUUCUUUCUAAAGGUCAGGUGCAAAGAUUCCAGCCUUUUGGUACCUUUCAACAAACAGUGUCUUCGGGGGCUGGUCUCUGAGCUGCACCAUAUGCAGUUGUUGAUGGCAGAUGCAUCCUGGUGUGGGUGGGGUUGUAAUUCACAUAAAGUUAACAAUAUUUAUGCUAGCUCUCAGUUGCUGGUUGGAUUGGUAUCUGUGUUAUGUAUCCAUUACAUUUGUAUAUGUGGCUUGCUUUAACCUUUUUUUAAAAGCACUGGAAAACUGAAAAACGCAGUGAUGUUUGAGAUGCAUGUAGAGAAGAAGGUAUUUUGUCGCUUCUGCCAGUCGUGGGUAUGUAGGUACACUUUUUGCCCUCUGUCUGUCCUGAUGAUAGAAGAAGAAAAUAUCUACCCUAUAACUUCUAGCACACUUAAUGUUGCCAUUUAAAUGAACAGGGUAUUACACAAGAAAAUGAAAUGUUUUUGAAAUGGUGAUGAAGAAGUGUUGUGUUGUUGUUGUUUUUUAAUCUAAAGUAAUUAUUUGUUUCUCUUGAAGCUGUUUGUAGCUAAACAUGGGAAUCUGCAGUGUCUCCUAUCAUUUAUUCUUUCAUAUAUAUUCCACCUCUUCUUCUCCCCACCUCAAAAGCAAGGUGUACAAAAUCAAGAGCAGCUGUAGCACCUCCCAGCUCCCUUCCCAAAUGAAAGCUCUAGCAAACUCUCUUCAGCUCCAUUCAGGAAGAUAAAGGGGGGGGAGAUGCUGCAGCUUUCUUUGCUUCGCUCUCAUUCCUCUCUAAUGGCCUUGAAAUGUAUUAUUAUGCAAAUGUGAAUUUUGAUACUGAAUUUUAAGAAGAGGUUGUUUCUUUUUCAGACAAACAAAAAGGUCCCAUAUGUGGUCAGCAUUGCUUCUUUUAUCUUGUAAGUGAAAUGUUAACUAUGCAUUCAGCAAGAGAUGGUCUGGGGGAGCAAAAGAGAGCCCUGCUAAACCGUUGAAAUUGUUUCUGUGUCCACUGAAUUCCCAUGGAGUAGGAGGAAAGAGAUUGAUGUUGUUAAGGAAAGACUACUUUGAUUGCCAGGCAAAUAUUUUUGGUGUGUGCGUGUUAGAGAUGGACUUGAGAAAUUGAAUGACUUUUGCCUGUUUCACAGGUCUAUGCAUUCUUGCCAUGCAGUGUUAGAUCAGGGUCAGCAGCAUAAUACACAAUGUCCCUGCUUUCUCUAAGAAGAGAAUUUACCAUUAAUACCAUCUCCUUCAACCUCAGGAAACCACACAUAAUGCACUAUCUUCAAGGAUUUAUUCUACUACUUGUUCUCCACUACAACUGUCCUUGGUCCUCAGGAGAAUUGCAACAUGGCUUCUCCCAUAUUACAUUUCCAAAACAUUUAGGUUUUACCAAACCUAAAGUGUACUACUAAUUUGCAUUACAGAUGCAACUUUCAAAGCAGUAUCAAUCAGGAGUGAGUAUAAUACUGUACUGGCAUUAAUUAAUUCCUUGACUUUAAAUGUUGAUCUGAAUUGGUCAAGGAAGACUUAUAUCUACUUCUGACACUUGUGAAUUAUCUGAACUAAUUCUACCAGUCUUGGAACAAAAGUGAAUUAUAGCAAUGAUUAAAAAUGUACAAAGAAGCCAUUCUAAAUUUAAGUAACAGGAACCUUCUGUAAAUGCAAAAACAUUUCACACUUACCUCUAGAAUGUAGAGUCUGCUUCCUGUGUUAACGGAGGUGCAUUGCCUUGACUGUCUCCCUUAGAUUUUGUGAACUAUGGUUUUUGCCUUGGUGUGCUUGGCAUUAUCUUGGAUGCAGUAUCAUAGCCAAGAGAUUCUACUACCUGUGAUUCAGUGUUCUUCAUACUGCAAAUUUUGUUGGUGUUCACAGUACUGUAAUGAAUAAUAGACUUGAACACUCAUUCUCACAUGCAUACUUGCCUUGCAGGUGUGAUCGUAUCAGGACUCUACUCUGGUAGAUGCCAUGGAAGGAAGGAGAAACAUGUUUCAGCUCUUUAUCACAAAAUACCUCAUGGUGCACAUUUACCUUUAGUGUAUGCAGAAUCCUGGAAAUAGUCUCUUUCAUACUUAGUGAGGUUAUAUUCUAACUGAAUUUCCCCCCAGUGGUUUGAAGACUGGAUUGAGAUGCUGAAACUCCUGAGAACUAAACCUAGCCUUCCUCUUUUUGCCUUAGGCGAGAGUCAGUUAACCUUUGCCUCAGUUUCCCCAUCUGUAAAAUGGGGAUAAUAAUACUUACCUACCUCACACGGGUUUUGUGAGGAUUGGCUAAAGGCUUUUGUGAAGUGCUUCAAAGAAAAAGUACUUUUUAUAAGUAUUAUUAUAUGGAGGUGUAACUAGCAGGAUACCUCCUUUCCCAUAUCACACUAGAAGGAAUGGGAGAGGAAAGUGUAUUUAUUCAUUUAAGCCAUCAGAUGUUCUGAAAUACUUUUAACCAUUAGGAAGAAAUUUAGGGGACUGAACAAUUCACGCUGCAUUAUUCUCUCCUGUUAUGUCAAUCAUCCCCUUUUGACUUUUGCAUAGAAAAUAUAGACAUGCCAGGCUUUAGCACAUACAUUUUAAACAAGAAAGCAAAUUUUCUCUUAUAUGAAAGAUUUGCAGUCCUUUCCAGACGUACUGCUAUAUCUUUUAUUUGCUUAUGGGCUUUUAGCUAGAUUCACUGCUCAGUGGCAGUUGUUAGAACAAAGAACAUCCUCUUGCAGUUUGCAUGAAAGUUGUAAAAUGAUUAGAGUUGUCCAAUAGCCCACUUAAGCUGGAGAUACUAUCCCAGCUUCCUUCCCUGAUUGCGUGUUAAACAUAUACUGCCUCAUUCCCAAUACACACAAGCCAUUAUAUGCCAAUAAAACAUGGAAACAUUAGUAGUGUUUGAUAAAAGAAGCUGCUUGUGAAAAUGCCUUACAAACUUCCCAAAAUCCUUUGGAGCUGAUGGAAGAAAAGGUUUGGGUAAAUUCCACAUCUGCAGGGAGCCUUUGCUACUUUCUCUCCGUUCUGAACAUAAGGGUUACUCUGAUCUCUUAAAUAUUAAAACGUGCAUCUCAGGGAUGUGCAUAUUGAGCCCAAGAUUUGGGAUUUGCAUUUUAGAAAACCUAAGAUUUGGUUCUGUUCGAUCUGUAAAGUCAUAUUGGACACUCCCCUAUAGUUUCCAUACUUUACUCCUCGAGGAGCAGCUCUAUGCACAGCUGCUGUGUGAUUCAUAAAUCUACAGAGAUUAAAUUCAGAGUGAUACAGGCAUAUCUAUAGGAUCAGUGCUUGUGUAUGCAUAUUCCAGACUUCACCAGCCUGGUAAACAGUGAAGUGCAGAAUCUCCCUUCAUCAAACAGCAACUUUGCUCUGCAAAUAAUUAUGCACUCUUUCCUUUGGAAAAUACCUUUAAUGUUUUCAAGUAAGAAAACCAACAAUAUUUCCUGGUGGGAGGGAUAAGGAUAGCAAUGGAAUAAGGGGUUUAGAAUUGCUUUCACUUCCACUAUUUAGAUAAAGACUUGAAAUGCUGCUUAAAUGUUAGAGCUCCUGUGGGGCUAUGUUUACAAAGAACUGAUCAGGAAACUGACCCAAUAGUGGAUAUCCAGCUUAGUGAAUUUUGCUUCAUUUUUCCGGUAAGCAGGCUAUUAGUGGAAAAAUGUAUUUACAGGAAAUGGAAGAAGUUAGUUCCAUCUGGCCUUAUUUGUGAAGCAAACAAUCCUGUGUCCAAAACAUCUGGAUUGGGAAAGGCAGCUUUUCUUUUUUGCACAUAAAUAGGUAAUACGGAGAAGGUACAGUUGAGAUGCUAUUGCCUAAAACACUGUCCCUUCAUCAAGCAGGCAUAAUAAUGGAUACAUGUAUUGAGGCUCUUUGCAAAUAUACCUAUUAGUAUUUUUCCUUAUACUUGAAAUAAUAUACCCAUCUCCAUUUGUCUAUUGGGCAUCCAAGGAGUGUAAGACAGUGGGAAAUAGGAAAAGGCAUAGUCUCUUACUCAAACUUGCUCUUAUUUUUCCCCCAAUCUCACCUUGAUUUCAGUUUACUUUUUAUCGUAGGAAUUCACAUGGACACAGAAACUUGGCACAUUGUGCUCUUGCAUGGCAUGCUGCCCUCCCCUUUGCCCUCUCUUCUCUAUUUUUAUUUUAGUAUAGUGGUACUUAAAAUCACUGGCUCACUUAAAAAGACAAUAAAAUGUUUAAACUCUACUAAUGUACAAAUAAGCUGAAAUGUUGCAUUUAUGUGUAUUUUGCCAUAGCAGGUACUGUAUUUCUCAUGCUGGAUUUCAAACCAACAAAAGGGUGAUGUUUUAUUGGAGUGUGACAAGUUGAGAGUAAUAAGGAAAUAAGUCGUCGUCAUUUCAUUGAAAUUGAGAGAUGGUGUAAUACAUAUUACGUUUUCUGAAGGUUUUUUGCUUUUAAACGGCUUUUGUUUUUAUUUUGUUUUUAUUUUAUUUUUUUAAAGAUAUGAUUGUAUUAUGUGCAACUCAGUUGCUUACAUUAUAACUACAAAAUAUUUUUUUGGGUUCCUGGAAAAAGAAAAGACUAAUAAAUGUGUUUGGCUGCUAAGCAUUUAA